AUGGCGGACAAAGAGCUGCAUCAGAGCAACUCGCACGAGGUCAGCUCGCAGGAGACACCCAAGCACCAAGCAGCUGUCCCUGACUCGCAUCUGAUCAACGCCUCGGGCCACGUGCAAGAGGUCAAUAGAAACUUCAGUCUGUGGUCUGCUUGUGGCGUCGGGCUCAGUGUCGGCAACGUGUGGCCCGCCAUCGGAGGCUCUAUCCUAGUCGCCAUUUACAAUGGUGGUCCCCCAGGUGUCUUGUUCGAGUUCAUCGUCGUAUCAUUCUUCUACUGGUUUGUUGCGGCAUCGAUUGCCGAGCUCGCUUCCGCAAUUCCCUCCUCCGCGGGUGUCUAUCAAUGGGCCUCAGUGACACCAGGCAAGCGAUGGGGGCGCCCCGUGGGCUUCUUCGCCGGCUACUGGAACUGGCUGGCGUGGACCUUCGGCGCCGCCUCCAUGACCUCCAUCUUGUCCAACACCCUGGUGCAGAUGUACGCCGCCAACCACCCUGACUUCGUCUCCGAGGCGUGGCACGUCUUCGUUACGUACGUCAUCAUCACCUGGAUCGCAUGCCCGACCGUCUGCUUGUUCAACUCGGCUAUGCCGCAUCUCAACAAGAUCGGCAUCUUCUUCAUCCUCGCCGGCUUCCUCAUCACCCUCAUCGUCGUGACAGUGAUGCCCAACCGCGAAGGCGGCUUGGGCCAUGCCUCCAGCGCCUUCGUCUGGCGCGACUGGACCGCCGAGGGCCUGGGUUAUCCUGACGGGUUCGUCUUCGUUGCCGGCAUGCUCAAUGGAGCCUACUCGGUCGGCACUCCCGACUGCACCUCGCAUUUGGCCGAAGAGAUCCCCUUCCCGCAGCGCAACGUGCCCAUCGCCAUCCUCUGCCAGAUGGGCAUCGGCUUCAUCACCGGUUUCGCCUACCUGAUCGCCAUCUUCUACUCGAUCAACGACCUUGACGCCCUCUUCGAGUCCCCCUACCCCAUCGCCACCAUCUACAUGCAAGCCACCGGCUCCGCCGCCGGCACCACCGGCCUCCUUGCCCUUAUCAUGAUCUGCAUCUCCAUCUGCGUCAUCGGCCUGUACGUCACCUGCGGCCGCACACUGUGGACCUUGGCGCGCGACGGCGCCACCCCGUUCCCCAAGUUCGUGGGCAAGGUCAACCCCUCGCUCGGCAUGCCCAUGAAUGCCACCGUCAUCACCGCCGUGCUGGUGACCGUCCUGGGCGCCAUCUACGUCGGCAGCCUGACGGCCUUCAACGCCUUCGUCGGCUCCUUCAUCCUCAUGUCCUCCAGCAGCUACAUCGCCGCCAUCCUGCCCAACCUGAUCAACAAGCGCCGCGGCAUCAAGGCCUACGGUCCCUUCCACAUGAAGGGUCUGCUGGGCUUCGUCGUCAACUCCGUCGCCUGCGCCUACAUGAUCGUCUGGUUCGUCAUCUACAGUUUCCCCUAUGCGCUGCCCACCUCGGCCGACACCAUGAACUAUGCCUGUCUGCUGUGGGGUGGCUUCACGAUCCUCGUCACGGCGUGGUGGUUCUUCCGUGCCAGGAAGGGUUAUGUCGGCCCCCCGGUCGUUGACGGCGGCGUUGUCACCGAGGUCGAGACGGUGAAGAAGGUGGAUGGGCUGGCGCGGGCUUAG